CCUGCGCAACUUGUAAUCGUAUCCAUAUUCCCCGACCGGUUGUUAUGGAUAAACGACGGGGGAGAGGUGAGCGUCUGAUGCUCUUUUCCGGGGCAGUGCGUUGUGAGGGGGGUCUCUGCUUGUAACAGUAAGGACGCACUAUUGGAGGCGCUGAGUUGUGCGCGCGCCACGACUCGCCAGGUUUGGAGACGCCAGCAGUGCGCUUUAGCCUGGACACCAAGACACACAGACGGGGGGCUGCCGCGUUUUCUUAAAGGUUGCCUUUAUUACGCGUUUUUGUCUGUGCAAGAAUUGAAGAGCCUGUACGUGCAUUUGGAGGUGUUUGAAUGUGAUCUGCCUGUUGCUUCAUCAUGGGGAAACGGGUGUUGUUUUCACUCCGUGGAAGUUUAGCCGUGCGCCCGCUUUCUUAAUCAGCCUUUCUCUGCUUUUGGAUUAUUGCCAUUUAUUGACAACUGUGGAAAGUUCAAGACGACCAGAGGAAAUGGCCAGCGACUUGAAACCGCGGCUUUGUCACAUGACAAAGGGCGAGAGUGGGUAUGGAUUUCACUUGCAUGGCGAGAAGGGAAAGAGCGGACAAUACAUCCGCAAAGUGGAGCCCGCGUCCCCCGCAGAAGCGUCGGGGCUGCGCGCUGGGGACCGAGUGGUGGAGGUGAACGGGGAGAAUGUGGAGAGAGAGACACACCACCAGGUGGUGCAGCGGAUCAAGGCUGUGGAUCAUGAGACAAAGCUGCUGGUGGUCGACCGCGAGACAGAUGAACUGCUACGCAGUCUGCGCCUCACAGCCACCGAGGAGAUGGCCGUGUGCGUGGCCGGGCAGCCCUCCUCCUCCUCUCCGCCGGCUUCCCCCUCGCCUGCCCCGUCCUCGGCCCCAUCCUCCCCCAGCAAGAAGCGGGAGAACGGCUCUGUGUCCAAGCAGCCAGUCACGCCGUCCGGACAGGUGACCAAACCCGCCCGGAGAUCCCCCUCGAAAGCUGCGAAGAAGGAGGCUCUUGCCCAGGCUCAAGCCCAAACUCAGGCCCAGUCCCAGGCGAAGCCCGCCGUCGAGUCAUCAGACCUCUUGCCCCGUCUGUGCCACCUGGUGCGGGCUGAGACGGGGUACGGCUUCAACCUGCACAGUGAGAGGUCGCGGCCUGGACAGUACAUCCGCUCCCUCGACCGGGGGUCGCCUGCCGACCGAGCCGGCCUCCGCCCACAAGACAGACUCAUCGAGGUAAAUGGAGUGAACAUCGAGGGCAUGCGCCAUACGGAGGUAGUGGCCUUCAUAAAGGACGGGGGAGAUGAGACCACGCUGUUGGUGGUGGACCCAGAAACAGACGAACAGUUCAAGAAGAUGGGGAUCGUCCCCACAGUCUGCCAUGUCAAAGACUACGAUGGCCCGUUCAUAUCCAACGGCUCCCCCAGCCCUCAGAUCAACGGCAGCUCCACCACACAGUCCAUCAGGUCCACACACUCCGACCUCAGCAGCCAGGGCAACAGCACACAGCUGGCGGACGACGAAGGCAGCCGUCUGCUGGACCCGUUCGCUGAGAUCGGCCUGCGUCUGAGCCCCACGGCGGCCGAGGCCAAGGAGAAGGCCCAUGCCAAGAGAGCCAAGAAGAGGGCGCCGCAGAUGGACUGGACAAUGAAAUACCAGCUCUUCAGCAAUUUCUGAGACAUUCCCCUCCGAGGACUCUUCAAAGACCCAAGAAACGCUGCUCUCAGUAUUGAUGAGGUUUUGUUGUGGGAACUUUUCUUUUGUAAUACCACAGAGCGUAAGUCUUCAUGAGAAAGAACAGAGACCGCCACCACCUAGAUUGUAACUUGUUCCCACAGGGAAAGGGCGUUCAGUUCGUGACAGCAAGAGUGGUGUUUUAUGGAGCGUUUUACUUUGAAGGCCACUUCAGAGACUCCUUUAAGUUUUUUUUUUUUUUUCCAUUCUCUCAAAAAAGUGCUGACUGUUACGCAAAAUGUAUGGAUUUCGCUAAGCUCCUACUAUCUAGCGCACUUUACAUCACAACCUCAAAAGCUUCACAGACUUUGGGAGUACUGCAUACAGGUUUUCCCCCAGUUUUCUCCCAACUUUUGCCCUUAAUCCCGUCGCUCUAUCUCUCCUUUUAUCAUCCCAUCCUCCCUAUCCCUAAAUACACCCCUCUUCUCAAGACUGAUUCAGACAAAUGGGAGAGGCAGUUAUUUUUAUACUCAAAGACAUAUAAACGCGUAUAAAGAAGAGUUAUCCCAGGAACAUGGACUGCAUUUUAAAGAGUUUUAUGGACACUGUGACAUGAAUGAUUGUGGACAUUGUGGGAGUUUUGGCCCGGAAAAGCCAGAAAUGUCAGAAGAUCCUUCAGCUCAAGGACAAAGACUUGAGCACCCCCCAUACACACACACACGCACACACCAC